AUGGGAGCUUAAUGUUGCACUUUACCAACAAAAUUAACUACUCAUGAAAUAGACCUUGAUAGUCAAAAGUUAAGAGGGAGUUCGCACACUCAAACGAAAAGGUGUGUUGUGAAUAAAGAUUAAAAAAGUGAUGAGGAAAUAAUUAAUAAUUAAAAAGAGAAUUAUGAGGAUUUUUAAAUUCUUGGUUCUGCGUCCUUAGAUUUAAGACAGAAUUAUGAUUAAAAUGGUUGCUCGAAUAAAUUGCAUCAUAAAGAAGGAAGUUAAAUUGAAUCAAGUAUUUUAGAUUUUAUUGAAAUAGCUAUCCCUAGAAGUAAAUUUUAAAGGAAAAUAACAAAUUCUUCAGUUGGUUCUGUAAAAUUGGGAGCUGAAGUGUUCAUCAAUCUCAAGGCAGGUAGCAUUCAUAAAUAUUAUGAAACUGGAGAAAUCUUAGGGUAAGGAGCAUAUGGAAAGGUUUGGAAAGUGUAGCAUAAAAAUACUGGUAAUAGUAGAAUUGAUUGAUUUCAGGCAUGAUAAGAGCGAUGAAGGAAUUGAAAAAGAAAUCAAUAAUAGUUGAAGAGCAACAAAGACUAUUUGCGGAAAUGAAUAUUUUAAAGAAUUUGGAUCAUCCCCAUAUAGUUAAACUAUAUGAGUUAUAUCAAGAUUAAAACAACUAUUACCUAAUAACUGAAUAUUUAUCAGGAGGUGAAUUGUUUGAUAGAAUAAAAGAAUUCAAUUUUUUUAGUGAAAGAAAGGCAGCUGAAUUGAUGAGACAAAUCUUAUCGGCAGUAGUCUAUUGUCAUCAGAGAAGCAUUGUUCACAGAGAUCUUAAACCAGAAAAUGUGUUAUUUGUAAAUGAUACCUAAUUGUCUCCCAUUAAAAUUAUAGAUUUUGGAACUUCAAGAAAAUAUGAAUAAAAUCAAAAAAUGACUAAAAAAUUAGGGACAGUAAUAUAUACUAUUAAAACCUUAGGCUUAUUAUAUAGCACCUGAAGUAUUAAAGCAAGAAUAUAAUGAAAAAUGUGAUGUUUGGUCUUGUGGAGUCAUCUUAUACAUACUUUUAUGCGGAUAUCCUCCAUUUACAGGUAAAAAUGAGGAUGAAAUAAUGCAGAAAGUAUGUGAAGGAGAAUUAAUUUUUGAGUGUAAUGUUUGAUUUUCGACUUUAGAUUAGAAGAGGAUUGGGAAAUGAUAUCCCAGGAAGUUAAGGAUCUAUUAAAAAAUAUGUUAUAAGUUGACCCGAAUAAACGAUUUUCAGCAUUGGAAGCAUUAUCAGAUCCAUGGAUCAAAAAGAAUUAAUAAAGUACUAAAGUGAAUAAAUCUGCAUUGCAAAAUUUGUAAAAGUUCUAGGUAUUUUCUUAAUAUAUAUCUAGGCCUAAUCAGUUUUUACUUAAGCUGUUCUUGCAUAUAUAGCUUGUCAAAUGACAUCUUAAUAAGAAUAGGACGAAUUAGCUAAAUCUUUCUAAUUCUUGGAUAAAAAUGGUGAUGGAAUUUUAUCAAGAGAAGAAUUAAUAGAAGGUUAUAUUUCUGUUUGUAAAAACAAACAGUAAGCAAUAUAAGAAGUUGAUAAAAUUUUAUCUAUUGUUGAUAUAAAUCAGAGUGGAUAAGUGGAUUUUUCUGGUAACUUUUUGUCAUCUUAUUAUUAUCAGAAUUUUUGAUGGCAGCUAUGAAUUAAGAAAAAUUGGUGUCUGUAGAUAAGGUCAGGGCUGCCUUCAAAAUUUUUGAUGCGAAUGAAGAUGGGAAAAUAUCAAAAAAGGAACUUGAAUUGAUGAUUGGAACAAUAGAGGAUGAUAUUUGGUAAUAAAUUCUUGUAGAAUGCGGAGCACAAGGAGAAAUUACAGAAAAAUAAUUUAUAAACAUUCUUUUGCAUUAAAACCACUGA